AUGAUUGCCCAACUUCCUCAACUCCCAAUCAGACUUUCUGGUCUCACUGAAGAAAACCUUUUCUACAAGGAGUCUGAGCAAGAGGAAGACCCAAAUGGGCCUACUCCAGCAGGCUCUGAGUGGCAGAUCGACAUGAUGCUCUCUGUUUGGGUCGAAGCCAGAGGGGUCCAAGAUUACACCACCAUAGUAGCAAGUCAACACACCACUGCUUUCUUUCUGACAUACCUGGACCUUUAUGUCCUCAAGACAUCUAGCUUCUUCAUUAUAAAAGCCAAGCUUUUCAAUCCCUUGAAACAUGUUUCUCAGGCAGUAUCUGAGAUGAAAAAGGUCCUCCAUGGUGCUCUGACUGAUGGAUGUGACUGGGUCUUCCUUCUUAUCAAGCUUAAUGUCAAUUAUGACAGAUCCUCUUAUCAGCACUCUGGUAUAUUGCAGUUGGACUCCACAAGGAGUCUCAAUGGCUGGCUAGUGACCGCUGGGCCAUGGCUUGAUUUGAUUGCUGCUAUCUUGUCACAUUGGAGAUACUAUGUAGUACUGUUAGCCAGCACACAGGACAAGCUUCCAGACAAGCUCAAGCUUGCUGUUGACAGCCAAGAGUGCCUUGCUUUGCACCUGAUUGACCCUGUCUGGUUGCCACAAAGGAAGGAAUCAUAUGUCUCUUAUAUCCCAAUGCUUUUGGAACAGCCAAAGUUGUUGGAAUGUAAGAAUGGAUGUAGAGAUCCUCUAGGCAUGGUUCCUUCCCAGAGUGAUCUCCCUUCAUUCGAAAGGGGUGAGCUGCAUGGAGAGGAAUAUGUGCAAAAGCAGCAGUUAAAUGCAGCCAGAUUCCAGAAUGGCACUUUCAUUUCAGGUCAUGCUGAAGAACAUUGGCAGCAGGUAGCAUGA